AUGGGAAAACCCAAGAAACACGUGGGAAAAGACCCUUUGAAUCGGGCAGCAGCAAAAGCACGUAAAAGAGAGUCUAAAUCUUCAGGGUCAGUCAAUAGCACAGCCAUGAAACACGAACGGCGAGGAGGAACUUUCAUGUCAACAUUGCGCAACCCUAGAAUCGCUCGCACUGCUCACCGUGUCACUGGUGCUGGUACUGUACACAAGAAGGAGUGGUUAAGCGAUGUUUCUUUCCCCUCCUCGCCGGCUAGGCUUCCGGUCAAUUGUUGUGUGUCUCACAGUCACCUAGGAUCAAUUCGAGACAUACGAAAAUCAUAUGCGGUCUGUGAUAUGGAGAUUUCCAGAUUUUCCACGUUUGUGCUUCAGCUGAUCGAUCCCUCGAGCACCCAAAGUCAGUGCGCGGCCCAAUGUACCGAUCGACUGGAGGUGCACAUCCCUCAUCCGCUGACGACGAUACGCUCGGGUACAUAA